ACUGCAAAUACCGAAAAGACGCAGAAUAGAGAGCAAGUAGCAGAAGAUGUCAGGAAGAGGGAAGGGAGGCAAGGGAUUGGGAAAGGGAGGUGCGAAACGGCACCGUAAGGUACUGAGGGACAACAUCCAGGGCAUCACCAAGCCCGCUAUCCGACGACUCGCGAGGCGUGGUGGAGUCAAGCGCAUCAGCGGCCUCAUCUACGAGGAGACCCGUGGCGUUCUCAAGAUCUUCCUCGAGAACGUGAUCCGCGACGCCGUUACCUACACAGAGCAUGCUCGCCGCAAGACUGUAACCGCCAUGGACGUCGUCUAUGCCUUGAAGCGGCAGGGCAGAACCCUCUACGGCUUUGGGGGCUAAGGAGGUUUGAGUUCCUGUGAUUAGAUGGCUUAGAAUUAGGGUCAAUUAAAAUUGGGGGUUCAUUGUAUCGGGCUUAAUUUGUUGACAUGUCACUGAAUCGAGAAAUGAACCAACAUCACUAUUUAAGUUC